GUCUUGUUGAGCUUUGAUGCAGGGUUUCGACCUGGUGCAAUUUAAGAUUUUCCCAUUCCACCUUUCCCUUUUAUUUUUGGGUGACCAAAUGUGCAAUACGCCCCCCAGACCUUCGAAAGGCAGCAAUACAUAACACAACGUCUAGGUCUGCCGGAAAUUCACACGAAGAAGGAAAAUAUCAACAAUUUGUAAAUCAGAAAUGUCAUGUUCAGCUUACAGCUGUAAGAAUAGAGGACAUGAUACAUAUGAUAAAAAUAAUCAGUUGCGUGCUAAAAAAGUUAGGCUUCACAGAUUUCCACUGAGCGACACCAAAAGACUAAAAAAGUGGAUCCACCAGACGAGACUGAAAGCCUGGAAGCCAACCAAAAGCUCCAGACUGUGUUCCGAGCAUUUCCAGGAGAAGUACCUGAUAACACCCUCAACUGGGCGCGGUAUUCGUUUACGUAAUGAUGCCAUUCCAACUAUAUUUUCCUUUCCUAGUCAGUUCCAAAAAAAGAAAACAGCUGGAACGAGGAAAAGAGUAACCUUGUUUCCUGAGGAUCGUGUUCCUGAGGAUGUGUCAUCAAUACAAGCUGAGCCAAAGUGUAGUUCUGCAGUAUCAACACGGUUGAAGAAGACUCCCAGUUACUUAAACCACAGUAUAUGGCACCCAAGUCAUUUCCAUGACGACUACUGUAUACCACAGAGUAUUGACUGGGCUGUGAAAGAUAAACCAAAUGAAGUCCCACCUUCAGCUUUACAAAAGCAAGGGCUGAUCUUCAUCCCCAAGCUCGCAAUCAGGAUCAAGGAGAAAUGGGAAUGGCUGACAAUGGAAGUGAAGGGGCCAUUUCCAGAGACCCAAAUUGGACACAGAUUUGUACUAACUGUAAUGGACUACUACUCCAAAUGGGUGGAAGCCUACCCCAUGAAGACGUGCACCAGUAAAGAGAUUGCCAAAAUCAUCUCUGACCUCAUCUCUCGCUUCGGCUUCCCUGUUGGAAUCCUGUGUUGUUUGGGUGUAAUGCUGACUGUAGAGAUCAACUCGGCUUUGGGGGAUCUGAAGAAACUGACAGGCCAACUCAUAUUCUACCGUCCUCUAGGAGUGUCACUGGAUCCAGUAACAAAGUCCCUUGUAGACCGGUUGGUGUCAGAUUUGGUGAAAGAACAUCCUGAUCACUGGGAUGUUUACUUGGCUGCCAGUGUGUUCAGCUUCUGCUGCAAAGAGCACCCCACCACCAGACAAAUACCGCUGUCUCUGCUGCGCUGCGGAGGGACUCAGUCUGUCUCCACCUCACCAAGAAAGCUGCCUUACAAUGGGAUUAAAGGAAGAACCUUUGUCAUACUAGAAGCCCAACCACCUACAAAGGAAGUCUGUGCGCAGUGCAGUCAGUGCUUGGAAUGGUUGUUGGUCACUCAGGACUCUGAGCUGAAGAGAUAUGAGGAGAUGAAACUUGGGGAUGAGGACUACACCCACACCUGUGUGAGCUGCAGAGUGGCCAUGAGCUGUAGGGUGGCCCUGGAGGUCAUGAGGGGUUAGCAGACAAGGAUGUUUUCAAACAAGGACUGAAAAUAUGGAGGAUGUAAUAAGGACGUUGGAAACCAAGUGGUGGUGAAGGAAGAUAUUGAUGUAGGAGUGAAAAAAGGUUCCUAGGGGAAGAAGUACAUGUGUAUGUAUUUGUAAAGUUGCUCUGAUGACCCUUUUAUCAUUAAAAACAACGGUAUAAAGUGUUUAAAUUACAUCUUGAUUGUGUUUCUUUAAUGAAAUAAAAACUGUAGAAUGUGUUUCUGAAUAAAA